AUGAGAGCUCUCCUCAGCGCUGUCCUCCUAUCGGUACUAUUUUCCCUGAGAAACCAAAGCAAGGUGAAAUGUUAUAAGAUCCAUGGGAGGUUAAGAAGCUAUAAAAGGAAUGCAGCUGUUACGAUUUCUAAAAAUACAGAUGAGUCGAAAAGCGAAAUUGCACAGAACAGCAGUUUGAGGAACACAAUAAAAGAUAUAAAAAGAAGAAUAAAAUUUAAUGAGAAAAAUGUGAGACCUCGAAAUGGAUCCUUUAGUAAAAAAAAAGACAUACAUAAAUCGCUAAUCGAUGAUAUUAAUAAGGAGAUGCUUAAGGAAAGUAUCAAAUAUGUGGGAACUAAUUAUGACAGAGAAGAGAUCGCCAAACAUAAUAUUCUUCCCCUACCUGUGGAGGAUAAAACGUCCGAAUGUUACAACUGUUUGGUGCUAUGUAAGGGUAUGCCAUUUCAUGUGGACAAUGAUAAAAUUAGGGAAUUUUUUAAGCCACACAAACUUGUGGAUAAAUAUACAAUUUUUAUAAAAGACAAGAAAGGGAAUUUCUUCGGAGAUGUUAUUGUUAGAUUUACAAACAAAAAAGAGAAACUACUGGCAUUGAAAAAUAAAAAUUUCAAAUUUCUAAUGCACAGGUAUAUACAGCUGUAUAAUAUUAAUGAAGAGCAUUAUGAGGAAUACUUUAACGUGGGUUAUAAAAACCCUCCUUCAUAUAAAAAUUACGUCCCUAUUAAGAAUGUCAUUGUGUCGAGUGCUCUUGAGGAAGUCGACCCGUUUGCCGAGGGAGGAAGUACCGAUAGGGAUAACACAUCACCCAAUGUGCAUGCCACUUCCGAUGAACAGUUCCAGUAUCACUCCUUUUUUUGUGACAACCUAGAUAAUGAUGCUGAGACAAAAGAACUUAGAGAAAAGGUGAACAAGAAAGGCAUUCUUCUGAAAAGUAUAUACACAGGGAAAAAACUCAGAGGGAGAAUAACUUCUGUGCAUCCUUAUGGAGUUUUCGUGGACUGUGAUGUGUAUGUUAAGGACAAGAAUGAUCGAUUUAUAAAAAUACUGGCUCUACUACAUAAGAACAAACUAACCAUAAAUAUAGGACUCCCCACGGACCCUUUACCAGAACAGGAGGAGAAAGAAUUAAUACUACAAAAAAAUAUGAAUAUUAUUGUGUACGUGGAUAAAAUUAUAAAAAGGGAGAUUCAUCAUAGUGUAAGUAAUCCUAGGGAUGGAAAAAAUAAUUUAAUUUUUUUUAACCUCACUUUUGAUUCCUCCAUAACGGAGGAGAAAAUCCAGUGGCUUCAGAAUCUCAAGUUGAGAAGGCAGUCCAUUGAGGAAAAAAUGAAAACAUGCAACGACAGAUUUUUGAGCAUGUCUUCGGAGGGGGGGGCACCGAGAGGAGUGGCGAGAGGCGUGGCGGGUGUGGAGCCCGAAGUGACGGGGGGGGAGGACCCAUCGGAAGGGGACCAUCCAUCCCAAGUGGUGGAAGCAGACAUAACUGAAGGGACAGACAAAACGGCAAGGAUAGCCGCUCUGAAAGGGGAAAAAAUGGGCAGUAGCCACAAAAUGGACAGUAGCCACAAAAUGGACAGUAGCCACAAAAUGGACAGUAGCCACAAAAUGGACAGUAGCCACAAAAUGGGCAGUAAUCACAAAAUGGACAGUAGCCACAAAAUGGACAGUAGCCACAAAAUGGGCGAUGUGCAUGCUGGGAAUUUCAACAUGCAGAGCUGCAAAACGGAGGAAUUUUCCUCUUCGGAAGAGAACCAAAAAUCGAAAUUGAACAGCAGCGCCAAGAACAAAAAGAGCGACAGCCGUAGGUCAAGCAAAAUCUACCUGAUGAAGGACACACACUGUGAUUAUAAUUUUGUGCGGAAAAAAUGGACCAAACUGGGGGGAGUGAGAGCAGUGUGUGAUUUGAGCAGCAACGCUGAAGAGGAACAGCCUGAGGGGACACAGAAAAAUGAAAAAAGAACGCCAAGCGGAAAUGCAAAAGGGAAUGCAAAAGGAAAUGCAAAAGGAAGAAACAAAAUGAAGAAGAAGAAGAAAAAAAAUUUAGACGACGGUGACGUUUACGAUGAGGACGACAAUUUUGAUGAAAUUUUUAAGCUCGAAGUGGGCGAUGCAGAGGGACAGGAGGAGAACGGCGAGGAGGUGUACAAUGGCACUGAAAACGUGGAACAUGUGGUGGAUGCUGAAAAAGCGGAAAGCGAGCAGGGGAGCCUCAGCGACGACAAAAAUAAGAGGAGCGAAAAAAAGGGGACUAACCACUAUAACGACGAAAUGAAGGGAAUUCUGGACGACAUUUUUAGGAAGCGAGAAGACGGAGGAAGUCCUUCAAAAAAGGCUUCUAUAAAGGUGCGCUCUGAUAAAUGUAAGGAAGGCGCCACUGGGGAACAGACACUUGGACGACCAAGCUUCGAAGAUGUAAGUGACAGAUCCAAAUGGACCAACGAUAUCCGAAAAGAGGAGUCGCUAUUUUAUUCGAAAAUGUUCGGACUGAAAACGGAUAUAAACGACUUCUAUUCAGAUGGCCCACGGAGGAAGGACGCUGGUGGGGUUGGGAAGAACUCGGGUGACAUGGAGGAGCUCAUGAAGCUCAGGGAAGGUGGAGACAAGUGGGGGGCCUCGUCAAGUGACAUCCAGGCGGAGACUUUAAAUUUUGAAGGUUUAGAAAGUUGGAUGGAGCGGGGCAAAAUGGAGGAGAUGGCAACAGAGGAGGGACUCGAAGAGGAGGAAGCGCCUAAAAAGGAAGAAGCGAGGGAGGGACUCGAAGAGGAGGAAGAACCUAAAAAGGGAGAAGCGGGGGAGGGACGCGAACAUGGACUAACUAUCGACGAAGCGAAUGCGGACCAACUAAAUUCAAUAAUUAGCGGGAAAGACGGAGAGACUCUCGAUUUUUCACACUUCGCAGAAAUGACACCAGAAGAACUGAAAAGAGAAAUAUACAAAAAAAAAUUUCUUCUUCCCAUAGACGUAUCAACAGAGAGCCUAAAAAAUCGCCUAAUACAAAUAUGUAUUUGUGAAAAAAAAAAUAAAAUUUGA